CAUUGGGCGAUAACGUCCCCCACAUGCAAGUUACUACUUUUACGGUGAAUCCUGUGUGUGAGCGUGUGAGCGAGGGCGGGAAAGGGAGGGGGGGGGGGAGACUACUAUAGGUACCAGAUGAGAGACGCAAAGUACUCAGAUGCGUCUUCUCGCACUGAACGGACCCAACCGACCCGAUUUCUAAUAAUGGAAAAUUACUAAUUGACAAAGUUCAAUGUUUACGGAAGUCUUAGUUUGCGGCACAAAGGACGCGUAAAAUGUUCUCCCCGUGCGUAAAAAGGUGGCAUUGUUCGGUUACACACGGCAAUUCAACCGGACUAUUUUUCGUGAAUUAACUUUUCGGAAUCUGAGUUAAGGCAGUACAGCGAUUGUCUAAAUGAAUCCCCAAAUAGAGCAGAGGUGAGAUACGGGGGGGGGGGGGGAGGUGAUUCGGCACCGGAUGGAUCGCAGCCCGUCGCAGCGCACAUCGCUCGCUCUCAUCCCGUUGGAGCAAAGCGUUUAAAGUGUGAGGAGUGAUCGACGCAUACCGAUUGCAGAGCUUAAAGGGGAAAUAACUUAAUUCAGUCAAGGGUUUCGUCGCUCGAAAGUUGCUCUGAUAUGCCUCCCGGCCGCGAAGAUGACACACUUUGCUGUCAAAUUACGGUUUCAAGGUAACGUUUUGACGGCGGAAGGAAACGCCUCCGUGCUCCCCGGUGAAGCGGGACUCCGAAGUAGAAGGGCUCAAAAUGGGACACAACCACCUGUUCUCUGCGAGGACGCCUUUUCUUCUCUACUCGCUGCUCUUGUGUCAGACAGGAUGUGGAAAACUGGAAGGGAAGCUCGGUAGAACUACGACUGAGCAAAUCAGACUGUCAGAUCCAGUUCUUUGUCACGAGAAGUCCCACUCGCACGCCGAGGAUGAGCUCUUCAAGACCUUGUUCGCCGGUUACAACAAGUGGUCGAGACCCGUGUCGAACAUCUCCGACGUGGUCAUCGUCAAGUUCGGGCUGUCCAUCGCCCAGCUCAUCGAUGUGGAUGAGAAGAACCAAAUGAUGACAACCAACGUGUGGCUAAAACAGGAGUGGAAUGACUACAAACUUCGCUGGAAGCCAUCUGACUAUGACAAUGUGACGUCCAUAAGAGUCCCGUCAGAGCUCAUAUGGGUCCCAGACAUUGUCCUCUACAACAACGCCGAUGGAGAGUUCGCUGUGACCCACAUGACGAAGGCUCACCUCUUCCACAAUGGAAAAGUCCGCUGGGUCCCUCCUGCCAUUUACAAGAGCUCCUGCAGCAUCGACGUCACCUUCUUCCCCUUCGAUCAACAGAACUGUAAGAUGAAAUUUGGCUCCUGGACGUACGACAAGGCCAAGAUCGACCUGGAGCGCACCGAAAACACGGUGGACCUGAACAACUACUGGGAGAGCGGCGAAUGGGCCAUCAUCAACGCCGUGGGCACGUACAACACCAAGAAAUACGACUGCUGCCACGAGAUCUACCCGGACAUCACCUACUUCUUCAUCAUUCGACGGCUUCCCCUGUUUUACACCAUCAACCUGAUCAUCCCCUGUCUGCUGAUCUCCUGCCUCACGGUCCUGGUGUUCUAUCUGCCCUCGGACUGCGGGGAGAAGAUCACGCUGUGCAUCUCCGUGCUGCUGUCCCUCACCGUGUUCCUCCUCCUGAUCACCGAGAUCAUACCGUCCACCUCCCUGGUCAUCCCGCUCAUCGGCGAGUACCUCCUCUUCACCAUGAUCUUCGUCACCCUCUCCAUCGUCAUCACGGUCUUCGUGCUCAACGUGCACCAUCGCUCCCCCAGCACCCACAAGAUGCCCCACUGGGUCCACUCCGUGUUCCUGAACCUGAUCCCGCGCUGGCUCUUCAUGCGGCGGCCCGCGCCGGACAUGCGGCGCCGCAGGCUGACGCUGCUGCAGCAGGACGCGGCCGUGGUGCGCCGGCAGGGUCGGGUGGGCGGGUACAAGCCCGGCGACUGCCUCAGCACCUCGGCGAACUGGCUGGGGGAUGGGGGCCUGUCGGAGGACCCCGACAGGAGCUCUUAUGAGGACUUGGAGCUGGGAACGCUGACGUCGUAUUUCUCCUUUCGCCCUCCUUCGCCCAGACCUCCGGGGACGACCCCGCCGACCCAACCUAAAAACCCACAGAACAGCCAGAACCAACAGGAGGGCCCUGCAGGGACAAACAGACUUUUAACAGGGUCCAGAGUCAAUCUCACUCAGAGGGCCGUUAAAGCUGAUAACACAGCGUCAGACUCCACAUUCCUGCUUUCGCCAAGUGUCAUGCGCGCUCUGGAAGGCGUGCACUACAUCGCAGACCACCUGAGGGCCGAGGAUGCCGACUUCAGCGUGAAAGAGGAUUGGAAGUACGUUGCCAUGGUGAUUGACCGCAUCUUCCUGUGGAUGUUCAUCAUUGUGUGCCUUCUUGGGACCAUCGGCCUCUUCCUACCCCCUUGGCUCGCUGGCAUGAUCUAGCUCAUGUGAGACGACGACUUCAAGACUUGCAAUGAGGAAAAACGGAUGUCAUUUUCUGCGUUAGUUUUAUUUUCGUCGCUAAUUUGAGGCCCUUUUAGGGGAUCUCAGGCUCAGCUUUUCACUUUGCUCAUCUUCCAUCUUUCUGAGAUCCACUUUGUUGGCUCUCUGUGAUGUUACUUUGGAUGAGUUUGACCUAAAUGCUAACACUAGCUUGAAGACAUGGCCACAGUUGGCAGUUGUUAACAGGCUAAUGUUUAGCACAGCAUAGGAUUCGGCAUGGUAGCAUGCUAAUGCUAGUAUGUUAACGUACCAGUGUUUAGUAUGUUGUCUCUUUUAGCAUGAAAAGAAAUGAUUGUUUUGUAUUGAGUUAUCUAAUUCCCGGUACAUCUCAUUAAAUAGUGAUGACACUGAGACUAGCGGUUAAUGGAUGGUAGCAUGUUGUGCAGGGAGUCAACAAUAUACUGGACACACUAACCAGGGUCAUUGGCACUGGUUUGGAGAGUUUCUCCUUUUUACCUGCUUUCUUUUGACAUGAUAAAAACAUUUUUUGAAUGAUUAUACUAUGUAAUAAAUACCACCUUGAAACCUUUAAAAACUGUCCAAUAGGGUGUUUAUUGAUUGUGAAAAUUACCUACGAGCUAAACGCACAACAUAAAGAUUUAAAUGUUCCACAGCAAGACGUUU